AUGGCGAUGCUGGCGUCCAAAUCUCCUUUCCCGCCGUCUCUCGGUGGCCAGACGUCAUCCCCGUCUCUCAUAGCAACGGCUCCUGUACCCUCUAUUGCCUAUGCCCCCACGCGGCGUGCACCUGCAGUCCCGACUACCUCGAGCCAGUCCUUUGCCAGCCCGACGGACUCGGAGUUUUCCGACGCAGACAGCCCCGAUGCCGUGAAGAACUGGGAUGAGGACCGGGUGUGUGAGUAUCUGCGGACCGUCAAAUGCGGCGAGUAUGAGAAGAUCUUCCGGAAAAACAACAUCAACGGCGAGAAUUUGCUGGAGAUGGACAAGGAUGUGCUCAAGGAAAUGGGCAUCGACAAAGUCGGCGACCGUGUCCGCCUGUUUCUCAGCAUAAAGAAGCUGCGCACCAAGACGUAUGCCAACCAGAAGAAGCGGAAUAGGGAAUCUUUUGGUGGGCUCGACAUUCAGUAUGUCCCAUCGGCCGGGUCUCCCCGACCGCUCAACUCUUCCAGCAUGAGAAACGCCAUGUCGGCGUCCUCUGUGAACAAAAGAUACUCCCGCCAGAUUGAUCUGUCCUCGAUGGCAUUCGACAGUUCCUCCACAAGACCGAGCUCUCCGAUGAACAGUGCUGAGCACGUUCGAUCUGCUCGGGCCAGAUACCCGGCCGGUGCCCCGGGCUACCCCGGCGCAGCAUCGGCCCCAGUGUCUGGCCGGUUUCCGACAUCCCCGCCAGAUACGCAGACUGUUCGGCUGACGGCCGCUCACACCCGGAACAACUCUAGCAUGGACGGUUCUCUGAUGGCCGCUUUGCCGCAGAACCAGGAUGUCAUCCGUGUCAUCUCGACGGGCGGCGUAACAAAGGUUGUCAAGAUCGCCGACUGCAAGACUUGCGAGGAGGUCAUGCGUGUGACCCUGCGCAAGUUUGCCCUGCGUGAGGACCACGAGCGGAACUACUGUUUCUGGGUGUUGGCCGGCAUCGAUCCAGACCCAGGCCAGUGCAUCCGGCUCAGCGACACGGAACUGUGGCGCAUAAUCAAGGACCAGAAGCGGCCUGAGAGAAACCGCCUGAUUCUGCGCCGGGUUCCCGCUGGGGAGCCUGGGAAGUCCGAGCUGGACCGGGCAGCGGCCAUCGCCAUGGAGGAGAAGCAGCAAAACAUCAGCCAGAGCUACAAGUCGGUCGACAAGCGCAGCCAGCUGAAGGUGCAGAAGGUGCUCGGCGAGACGUGGGACAACCUGCAGCAGAUCCAGCAGCCGCCGCUUUCACCGGUCACGUACCAGGAUCGUGAACGCAAUGUGAGCAACGCGGCGCGGGACCUGGAGCGGCCAGCUCCGGCCGAGACGCCACGCCCGGCUGUGCGAAGGAAGGUGGCGCUGCGGCAGUUUGGAGGCCUGCGGCCUCCAAGCGAGCUCAUUGCGUCCGACCUGACCACGUACUUCCCAGACCACCCACGGGAGGACAUUGAUCGCACGGCACGUCUGUCGAUGCGGAGGUCGGCGCGACUGAGCAAGGUGAACAGCCGUCUCAGUGUGGCGAGCACGAUCAGCUUCGCCUCGAGCAUACAGGACGCGCCGCCCAUUCCGACGAUUGCCGACAGCUGGCUCAACGCCACGAGCCAGCUCGCCAAGGUGCAGUCGCGCGACCAACGCACCAUGAGCCGGCUGCCACAUGCAUUCCGGGACUCGGUUGCGUCCUCGGUGCUCGACACGCUGCAGGAAGAACAGUCUCCGCUGGAGCCCAACCGCAAGUCGUAUGUCUCGUACGCAGACAGCGGGUCGGACUCGGCCGCAGUCAGCGUGACCGACCCCGACGGCAAUCUGGUGCGGCACAGCUUCUACGACGACACGGGCGCCAGCGUGUCCGGGUCUGGCUCGCUAGCAGAAGUCAGCCAGGCGCUGGACGAAGACGGCGAGGGGGCAGACGAGGAGCUGCAAAGCUUCCUGGCCGGCGAGUCAUGGGACGAGAGCAAGUGGAUGAAGGGAGCACUGAUCGGCCAAGGCUCGUUCGGUUGCGUCUAUCUGGCUUUGCAUGCGGUGACGGGCGAGCUGCUCGCCGUCAAGCAGGUGGAAAUGCCGUCUCCCGGUGCAAACAGCCAGACGGAUGCUCGCAAGAAGAGCAUGAUCGACGCGCUGAAGCGCGAGAUCAGCCUGCUGCGGGAGCUGCGCCACUCCAACAUUGUACAGUAUCUAGGCUGUGGUUCCUCGUCCGAGUAUCUCAACAUUUUUCUCGAGUAUGUGGCCGGUGGCUCGGUGCAGACGAUGCUCAAUUCGUAUGGCGCAUUGCCAGAGCCACUGGUGCGCAGCUUUGUGCGGCAGAUCCUGCAAGGCCUGUCGUACCUGCACAACCGCGACAUCAUUCACCGCGACAUCAAGGGCGCCAACAUCCUCGUGGACAACAAGGGCACGAUCAAGAUUUCCGAUUUUGGUAUCUCCAAGAAGCUGGAGGCCACCAACAUUCUGAAUGGGGCCAACAACAACAAGCACCGGCCAUCGCUGCAGGGCUCCGUGUUCUGGAUGGCGCCCGAGGUGGUCAAGCAGACGAGCUACACGCGCAAGGCAGACAUCUGGUCGCUGGGCUGUCUCGUUGUGGAGAUGAUGACGGGCACGCACCCGUUCCCCGACUGCACGCAGCUGCAGGCGAUCUUCAAGAUUGGUGGAAGCAAGGCUGCCCCGACGAUUCCGGAUCAUGCCAGCGAGGAGGGUCAGCUGUUCCUCAGCCAGACGUUUGAGAUCGACCACAACAAACGGCCCAGUGCGGACGACUUGCUAGUAAGCCCUUUCUUGGAGCCCAUCACAUGA